UAUGGCGUUCAGGGUCAGCAUCUGCAUCUGCAAGGUUGGGUGCUCAGGAAUCUGAAAGCUGCGACACAUCAACAAAGAACACCAACACUGAAGUUAUCUUGUCCUCAAAUGUGCCAUAGAAACAAGGACAAAAAAAUCCCAUGUUUCUGAAGUUAGCAGCAGGUUUGGAGUUCCAUAAGUAGAAAUGGGAAAAAGACAAUCUUUGCGCAACAAAGCCACCCACCUUGUUUCUGUCCUUCUCAACCCCAUCUCCGAUUCCGACACUUCCAAUCCCAAAACCUCCAAACAACACCCACCAACACCAACACCUACACCUCCUUCCGGACAAGUAGGUGGAUCAGAGACAAAUGAUGAAGAGGGUAACCGUGGUUUAGUUGAUGGGCCUGAUACUUCAUCCUUCACUGCGUUCCUCUAUUCCUUAUUGUCUUCCUCUGACACUGGAGAUAAUGCAAACUCACGCGUGCAGAGUGAUGAUAAUAAAUCUGCUGCACCUGAUCACAACCCUUUACCAGACUCAUCAUCGCUGAAGGAAAAUGGUGGGAGGAAGAGUUUGAUUUCUAGAAGCAAGCAAUCAAUUGGUAAGGCUAUUCGCAGAAUUGGUGGAUUUCACCAUCAGGAUCGCAGGGAUAAUGUUGAAAUGAAAUUGGAUGAUGGGCAUGGUUCUAAGGUUUCUGGUGGUGUUGAGAUGAGGAGAAUUGAACCUGUGACUGUGCCUUUGGUUGAUCUUCCAGAAAUUUCUGAACCUUCAGUUCUCCUUUCAGAUAGUAUACGGAACGUUCUCUAUGUUUCUCUUCCACCUCUUAUUCACGGAAGGAAAUGGCUGUUGUUGUACAGCACUUGGAGGCAUGGUAUAUCACUUUCCACUCUUUACCGGAGAAGCAUGCUUUGGCCUGGAUUGAGUUUGCUGGUUGUUGGUGAUAAAAAAGGAGCAGUAUUUGGCAGCUUAGUUGAAGCACCUCUCAGAUCAUCCAGCAAGAAAAAAUACCAGGGAACAAACAAGACAUUUGUUUUCACAAAUAUCUCUGGUCAGCCUGUUAUAUAUCGUCCAACAGGAGUAAACCGCUUUUUCACACUGUGCAACACUGACUACAUAGCAAUUGGUGGAGGAGGUCAUUUUGCGCUUUAUUUGGAUGGUGAUCUAUUGAAUGGUUCAAGUUCAGUCUCGGAAACGUAUGGGAAUCCUUGCCUUGCAAAUUCUCAAGACUUUGAAGUGAAGGAAGUAGAGUUAUGGGGCUUUGUACAUGCUUCAAAAUAUGAAGAAGUACUUGCAAUGAGCAAAACAGAAGCACCCGGGAUCUGCCGAUUCUGAAUAUUCAAAUGGCUUGCAGUUGGUAUUUCAUUGAAUGGUCACUUUCCCUCUGGCCUCUAGUGAAGUGAGCAAUGCGAAGUUCAUAUGACAAUAUAAUGGAGACAUAUUUUAUGUAUCCAAUUAUGUUCGGACUAAGCAACUAACAUAUAUGUAAAUAUUUACCAAGCCUGUAUAUAUGGAGUCCCUACACAUAUAUAUAGUUUUUUUUUUUUUGCCAAUUUUGUUCAGAAUAAAAGGUGGAGCAAAUUUGUAUUCUUAAAGCAGAUGAUGAAAGAACGUGAAAUAACCCUAUGACCUUACGUUCCGACACUAUAAUUUUACUAUGCUGUGGAGUCCUUUAAUCUUAA